ACAUCAGGAGGAGCACCAAAUGCCCGACGCCGGUGUCAAAUGCUAACCUAGCUAUAUUGUUAGCAUCUUAGCAACUGUUCCGUCCACUUGAAGGCAUCUUUGAGUCCUACGAUAGCCUAACGUUAAAUACAGUCUAUGAUACCACAGAUAUCAGCAAAAUGACAUCAGCUUCAACUAAAGUUGGGGAGAUCUUCUCUGCAGCUGGAGCUGCCUUCACCAAACUAGGAGAGCUCACCAUGCAGCUUCAUCCAGUGGCCGACUCCAGUCCUGCAGGCGGUCAGACCAAGAGCACAGUGAAGAGGAAGCUGUAUGAAGACGGAGCGCCGCCCGCCGCCUCUGACGGCCCAAAAAAGGUCAUCAAGAAAACCCCUGCUAACGUUGCCAUGGCCACGCAGGGCACUCCAGCUGCCAUCGCCGUGCCCACAGCUCGGGUCGCCGUGGCAUCAGGACUUCAGGGGACCGCCUCCACCCUGAAGAAACAGAAGACUGCAGACGUGACCCUCAGUGCUCUUAACGACUCAGAUGUCAACAGUGAUCUGGUGGACAUGGAGGGACUGGGGCAAGGAUCCAACUCCAAAAAACUCACCAACUUUGAUCAAGAUAACCUUAACCUGGACUCGAGCCUCAUCAUGAAUCCCAGUGAUCUGCCUCUGCUCUCCCGUUGACACUUAACACUUCCUCUGGACUUGAAAUGAUGGAAAAAAACUAUAAAAGUCACACCCACGUUGUAACAGACUGGACUUAUCCUUUGAGCCAGCAGAUGGUGACCACCCACAUCGGAGUAAAUCUAGUAGUACUGAAUAUUUUUUUGUCACGCAGGACAGAAGUCCCACGCAGUCCCAUUGCUGGGAGAGUUGUUGGCACUAUCAGCAUCUUUGUUUUUGUUUUUUACAGCAAUCAGUUUUAUUUUAGACCAUUUUCACUCCUCCUCAUCAACUUGUGCUUUGAAGGAACUGACUUUAUGCAGUAAGGAAGCUGUUUGAACAUUCAUACUUCCUGUGUUGUGGUUUUUUAAAAAGAAAAGCCACAAAAACAAGGACAAUGCAGCAGAGAGACCUCGGCUGCGUCAACAACACGAACGCUCCAUCCAUCCACAUACUGCCAAAGGACAGCCAUUUGAAAGCAGAUAUGUCUGAAAAAUGUAAACAGUAAUAUUUGAUUGUAUUUCAUAUUCAAUUGGUUCUUGCUACAUUUUGCUAAUGGUUGUGUUAACAAGUGCUAACACAAGUCUCUUGGUUAGUUUUUUUUUUUUUUUGGGUGUCGUCAGCAUAUUGUAGUUCAAGUGAUCUGAGGCUACAUUGAUAUUGCUACGAAACAAAUAUCUUUUGCUACGUUUACACCUCGCAUCCACACGCUCUGGCGUUCCAGAGCCCCUAAACCGGAGACAUUUGAAAUCCCUUCUGACCCGUUUGAGUUUGGAAUCUUCGGGUCGUGUUCCUGUCUCAACGACCACAAACGGAGGCAAAACCGACACUGACGCUAACGUUUCACCGCCUGAUUGGGUCUUAUUGGUCAUGACGUCUCAUUCUCUGAGACUAAGAUUCUAACGUUACCAUGUCAGCUACCAGCAAUCAGCAACGCAUACAUGCUGCCUGCUGUUUACAUUCAGUGUACUGGAAUAUUGAGGAGAUUGGCGGUUUAGGCAUGUUAGUUUAAACAGAGACUAGUUCUUCUACUGGAGCUAAAACACUUGGGGGCACGGAGAAUGUGAUUUGCUCAAAACACCGCUUAAAAACUAAAACGUACCAAUGUAAAUGUAGCCUGAGAGAAACUAGACGUCAGCACCUCCUCUCGGCUCAGUUUUUUAGCCCGUGAUGGCAGACUUUGGCCAAUCAUGGGUCAUUUCAGAGAGAGAGAGAGAGAGAGAGAGAGAGAGCGAGCGAGAGCAAGCAUUCCUAUUGGCCAUUCUACAAAUGCCAAUGCAUAUGCACAGGCCUUUAGCCUGAUUCAGGGGUGAAAAAUGCUGUAAAUUUCGCUAUUCCAACAUUGGCAACAACUGCCUACGCUGUAAAGCAAUCCAAAAAAAGAUAGCAACAUUCUUAAAGAGAAUCUGACAAUAAAUGCAAUAAAACAAGUGUAAAUAUCGCCAAAGGUUUUUGGAUAUGGAGAGAAAAGGUUGCCUUCUGCCAACAGUAGCUAAAGGCCGUAGCUGUGCGCAAUUAACAUUUUUGCUCCAUAUCUGAAACGCUUCGCCGAUAUUGACACGUGUUUUAUUCGUAAACAUGAAUUGCUCUAAAGGCUUUAUAGGCUCACAAGUUUGUAAAGGAAACAGCAUGGUAAUCCUGGUAGAAUCGCCAGUAUGUAAAGCCAUCAGGACCACAGUGAACACGAGGAUGAUGUUUUGUUAGGGAUCCAACGCAACUUCUAGGCAAAUCUCGCCCUACAAAGCAGCCUGAUUGGUUGGGGUUAGGCAUUGACCUUGAGUGGUUAUGGUUACGAUAGCCUGGCCAAUAUGAGCGUGUGAAUGCUAUUGAAGGGCGGGGCUUGCCUAGAAGUUACGUGGGUUCCAUAAUAACGUGGGAAUGAUAGAAAUGAAUGAACGGUUCUCGUUUUGUCGUUUGUUUAGCCUUUUCCAGAAAACUGCCUGCCCCAGCUUUAGGGAAAACAUUAUGGAGAAGUUAAAAGUAUUUCGAACAACAAGACACUUUGAACUAAUGGCUGUGGGGUUGGGUCCAGUAUAUUUUCAAUGUAUUGUAAUACUUGUCCACAUUUUUUCUUUCCUUUGAACUAAAGGACUUAAACUACAGUGUACAGUACAUCCUCAAGACUGAGAUAUCAGAAGCUAUUUGAGUAGACAGACCAUUUUGAGGUAUAUGAGAAAGAUUAAAAGAAAAACCCAAAACACCCUUACUAGAUGUCUUUUCAGCUUUCAAUCGCAUCCUAAAGUCUUUAUCAGCAGAGGAAGUUUUCCCAGUUGUCAUUAAGACAAGAUGCUGGUGGACGCUUUAGGGAAAAAAGUUAGUAAGUGGACCUUGAGAUUUUUUUUUAUGUCUGUGCUCAUAUUAAAGAAAUGCCAAAUAUAACUUUGAAAAAUAGUUUCGGAAAAGGCUUUUCCUUCUUUCUCACAGUCUAAUAAAAAGAUCAACGCCAAUCUCAUGUCUGGGCUUGAUUGUGCAAAGGCAGUUAGCCUAGCUUAGCAUAAAGACUAGGGAAUCCGACGUCCAACGUCCAUAAAUACACCUACCAACACCUGGAAAGUUCACUGUCGUUUGUUCCUCUUCUCUGCUGACAUGUCUUAACAUGUUAACAACUGUUUACUAUACUUGAAGAAUAACCAUGUAUCCACCCAAUAACUAUAAUGAUCAUAAAUGCUUUUUGGAAAUAC